CGGCCUUGUCUUCUCAGCCCCUGGGGCUUGAAGUUCCCGCCAGGUCGUGGCUGGGCGAGAGUGAUGCUGCCCGGCCCGCCUUGGCUUUGAGGAGAGAGGAGCGUCCCAGACCCCUUGCAGCUUCCUGACGGCGCUGAGCCCUGGCAGCCAUGUCCACGGGGUUCUCCUUCGGAACCAGCACACUGGGCUCCACCACUGUAGCCGCCGGCGGGACCGGCGCAGGCGGCGGUUUCUCCUUCGGGACGGGAGCAUCUAGCAACCCUUCUGUGGGGCUCAAUUUUGGAACUCUUGGAAGCACUGCAACUCCUGCAACUACAUCUGCUCCUUCAGGUGGUUUUGGCACCGGGCUCUUUGGAUCGAAACCUACCACUGGGUUCACUCUAGGAGGAACAAAUACAGGAAUAGCAACAACUAUAACUACAGGAUUAACUCUGGGAACGCCAGCUACUACAUCUACGUCUACAACAGGUUUCAGUUUAGGAUUCACUAAACCUGCUGCAUCUGCCACACCAUUUGCUCUCCCUAUUACUUCUACCUCAGCUAGUGGUCUUACUCUUUCAUCUGCUCUGACAUCAACUCCAGCAGCAUCUACAGGAUUUACCCUAAAUAAUUUGGGUGGAACAACAGCCACAACUACCACUGCAUCAACAAGCCUUUCCUUAGGGGGAGCCUUAGCUGGUUUGGGAGGGUCGCUUUUCCAGAGUUCAAAUACAGCGACAUCAGGACUUGGACAGAAUGCUUUAGGCUUGACUUUGGGAACCACAGCAGCUACUUCAACUGCAGGCAAUGAAGGUCUUGGUGGUAUAGAUUUUAGUAGCUCAUCAGAUAAAAAGAGUGAUAAAACAGGAACAAGACCAGAGGAUAGUAAAGCACUGAAGGAUGAAAAUCUACCUCCUGUCAUCUGCCAGGAUGUUGAGAAUCUCCAGAAAUUUGUGAAGGAACAAAAGCAGGUACAAGAAGAAAUUAGUAGAAUGUCUUCAAAAGCCAUGCUUAAAGUACAAGAAGAUAUUAAAGCUCUGAAGCAGCUUCUGUCACUGGCUGCCAGUGGAUUACAGAGAAACACCCUCAAUAUUGACAAGUUGAAAAUAGAAACUGCUCAGGAGUUAAAGAAUGCUGAAAUAGCUUUAAGAACCCAGAAAACACCACCUGGACUCCAACAUGAAAACACAGCUCCUGCUGACUACUUCAGAAUCUUGGUUCAGCAGUUUGAGGUACAGCUUCAGCAGUACAGACAGCAGAUCGAAGAACUAGAAAACCAUCUUGCCACUCAAGCAAAUAACUCACAUAUAACCCCUCAAGAUUUGUCAAUGGCUAUGCAGAAAAUUUAUCAAACAUUUGUAGCUUUAGCUGCACAACUUCAGUCUAUUCAUGAAAAUGUAAAGGUGCUAAAAGAACAGUACCUUGGCUAUAGGAAAAUGUUCUUGGGAGAUGCUGUAGAUGUGUUUGAAGCCAGGCGAGCAGAAGCCAAGAAGUGGCAGAAUGCACCCAGAGUUACUACUGGACCCACCCCUUUCAGCAGCAUGCCAAAUGCAGCAGCCGUUGCCAUGGCUGCAACACUUACACAGCAGCAACAGCCUGCUACAGGGCCACAGCCAUCUCUGGGAGUUAGUUUUGGAACGCCAUUCGGCUCAGGUAUUGGCACUGGCUUGCAAUCAAGUGGCUUAGGUUCUUCAAACCUUGGAGGAUUUGGAACUAGCUCUGGUUUUGGAUGCAGCACCACAGGGGCCUCCACAUUUGGAUUUGGAACAACAAAUAAACCCUCAGGAAGUCUUAGUGCAGGCUUUGGCAGCUCAAGUACAUCUGGGUUUAACUUCAGCAAUCCUGGCAUCACGGCAUCAGCUGGUUUGACAUUUGGGGUGUCCAAUCCUGCCUCUGCAGGUUUUGGAACAGGAGGACAACUCCUUCAGUUGAAGAAACCUCCAGCUGGAAACAAAAGAGGAAAAAGAUAAACAUAUGGGUUGAUGUGGUUGAGAGAAUUCAUAGCAGCAUCGUUCAUUCUGAGUCUAUUUUUCUAAAAUCGAUGCAGUAAUUAAAUUGCAUCCCAGGAGAUUUAUAAAGUUUUGAUAUUUUUCCCUACUCUGGAAUCUGAACUUUGUUCUUGUUUGCCAUGCUAAACAUCUUUUUUCUUGUGAAUUUGAAACCCAGUUGUGUAUUUUUCAUUAUUUUGAUUGUCAGUGUAAGAAAUGUUCUGAUUACAUCACUGAUUAGUAAAACCUAUUUAAUCUAGUGUCGUAGCAAUGUUUUUGUUGAUAAGGUUUACAUGAUGUGAAUAUAUGCACAUUUGUUUCUUAUACAGAUGGUAUGAACUCUGAGUCCUAUACUAGAAUCAGUUUGUUCCUUGAUAAAGGCCUUUUGAACUACACUGCAGGGCAUCUUGUGAAUACAUAUGUAAAUAUAUACAGAAUAAUACACACAGUUGUGUGUUCAUAUAAAAUAUAUAUUUACAGACCUACAACUUUUGCCUCAGACUUGUUCCCCUUUUCUAAGGGUAUUCUAUUUUUCACCUUUUAAGCUUCAAAUCCUCAGUGCUUGUAGAAUGAUGAGCUUAGAGGUACCAGGUCAUUGCAGUUAUUUGCUUAAAGAUUUAGUGAAAUGAUUACUGGUGUAAAUAUUUGACCAACUCUGCUUCAUUGCCCCCCCAGUCUUUUCCAUUUUUGUUUCCACGUUAACCUCUAACAGCUACUCUGAGUGAGGAGUGCUGUAAGAAUCAUUGAACAGACUUUAACAACUUUUAUUAUCCCAUAUACCCUCAUAUUGCCUGUAUGAGAUGUUUUCUCAUAUCUGAGAUGAACCUUCAAGAGCAUAUUUGAACUCCAGACUGGUGUCUGGGGGCAAAGAGCUAUUAAGCCAAAUUGAUUCUAUGCAGGUGAAGGAUGCACUAUUACUUUAGUGGAAACUUUUCUAGCUAUUCCAAUACAGAGUUCUUUCUUAUAGGGCUAUUGAUAUUGACACCAAAUGGAGUGGUUUAUCAACCUCUUAAUGUCUUAAGUAAGUGCUUAAUUUGGAAUAGAGAAACAAUAUAUUUUAAGAAAAAAUGUAUUCUUUGUAGCAACUAUAAACUAUCCCAUUUUAACAGUGAACAGAAUUCCAGGUAAUAGCACAUAGGCAUGUCAGAUUGCAUCUGUGUAAUAUUUGUCUAUAUUAGUAUUAGUGACAUAGAGUGGGUGAAAAAGAGGGCCCUUGGAAAGAGAACUGCCUUAGCCAUGAUUUCAGACAGAAACGAUUAGGUAGACCUACUUAUCUUUCAAGUAUAGUUUUCAAAUGGGAUGUGAACAUGGAAUUUCAUUGAAAAUAGUUUAAUUUUUUAUAUAGAAGGUUUUGUACAUAAUGUGCAUCAAGUGAAUAUUUUCAGAAUCAUUUUCACCAAGACACCUUUUUUUCUAAAAUAGGUAUUGCAUAUAUAUAUAUAUAUACACACACAUAUAUUUUUAGUAUAAUGUUAGUUGGGUUUGAUUAUUAAAGUGUUGUUAAAUCUGUUUUAUUUAUCCGCAUAUAGCAAUGAUUGGCUUUUUGGAAUUGAAACUUUUGCGCCUUGAUGCAUUAAAAUAAGGAAAAUGCUUUGUUUCUGAGCACUGAAGUUGUUUUUAUUUUUGCAUACUUCUCUAAUACUGCAAUCCCCAGAUCCAGAUUUUGGGGAAGGGUAGGAAAAUGUGGGAUUUUGUGUUUUGAAUUACUGUCGGAAUUAAAUACCCAAUUACAGCAAACCUUUUUUUAAAAAAGACGUUGCAUUGUGCUGCAAAAAUCUGAGUAUUUAUAUUUCUUAUUUUUUUCUUUAUAUAUUUUACAUUUUAAUAUGUUGAAGCACUGGAAAUUUGUAACAGAUCAAUUUGUGAUAGGAGUUUAAAUGUGUUGUCAUUGUCCCGUUGUCUUCACUCUGUCCAGAGCCUAUCAUUAUGUAAACAAUAAAAUUUAUUGUGUCAGUUGCUUUGAAUCUUUAUAGGUGUCAGUAGUUGUUCUUAAUAUGUAAUUUUCUCUUUAUUGCUCUUUUAUUCCCUUUGGUCAGUUUUUAGUGUUUUCUUUUUACCAGGUUA